GGGGGUCACGUCGAGAAGGCAUCGCUUCCUGUGGCACAUCGCUAGCGCUUGUUGACUUGUGUUUUGUUUUGCCGCAGUAGAUGGGUUAGGCUGGACGGGUUUUUUCAGUCUAAGUGUAUGUUAGGGGUUUAGAAAAAGUUCUAAAUGGGAGCAUAUUAUUGUGCUAUUUGCAGGCAAACAACAUUCACUGGAAAGGGACACAUCUUCGGCAAAAACCACCAAAGCAGACUUCGAGUGGUUCUUCUCAAAUUCUUAGAAAAGGUGAAAGAAGCUCGUCGAACACUUAAAAAACCCCAAGUAGAAAAGUUUUACUGCACCCAGCCGAAGAAGACGUUCUGGUGCUACUGCUGUGGCUGUGAGAUUGAAAGAGAUGUUACCGACGGGAACAUGAAUGUGCUGUAUGGAGGCUUGUUGGAGCACAUGGCCACCCCGGAACACAGGAAGAAUACUCACAAGUUCUGGUGGGAGAAUAAGGCCGACCCCAAGUUGAGGGACAAGGUCAUCAUCACAGAGGAGGAAACCGAGAGGUUUAAAGCCGAGGUGGAGAAAGCAUUGGACUCAUUUGUGGAGAUAGAGGAUGAAUUUAUUAAACAGCAAGCUGAUACCAUCCGGACCCAGGAAAAGAACCGCAGAGAGCUCUUCCAGUCUCUUUUAGAGCGGGACACAGAGCCAGAGUUGUUCAAUGGACCCAACGGCACAGACAAGUCUGCCGAGGAAGCUGUCAGCUCUCAAUUUACACCUCAGGGAUCCCACCAUCAGGCGGGGAGCAACGUUGUCAAGUCAAUGGUCAAAGCUCCUCGUGCUGGAUCAGGACAAGGUCUGACCUUCAUCGGCUACCAGGAUUCAAACACUGGAAAUGUACAUACAGGCGCCUUACCUCCGUGGCUCCAGGAGGAUCCUCUUGAGGGGACCUCCGCUGCUGCAGGACAUCCUCAGAUUGGCCCAUCGCUUGAAGGGUUCCUCAAACAGAAGGAGCAAGAGAAGCUGAAGAAACUUCCACCCAACAGAGUGGGCGCCAACUUUGAUCACAGCUCACACACAGACGCCAACUGGCUCCCCUCCUUUGGCAGAGUGUGGAACAGUGGCCGACGCUGGCAGUCCAGGCACCAAUUCAGACAAGAGGAAGGACAGAAAAAAAGGCCGAAGAGGAAGAAGGAGCUUGACACAGAGGGGUCGAAGAAAGCAAAAACGACUGAACAGUCGACAAACUCUGUCGAUAACUGAUUAUUAUUAUUAUGUGAGAAGUGAAUGAAGGGAUGUAUAUAGUUUACAAGAUGUGAAUGAGAUUUUCUUUUUGAGUGGUUGUGCUGUGUUCAAAUGAUCCGGCUUUCUCUAUAACCUACUCGACCAAGUGUGCAGUAUAGUUCAUAUAAACUUGGAUUCAUUUCUUAAUGGUUUUGUGUUAAACACUUUGUGGUCCAACUUCACAAGAUCAUUUCCAAAAUAAUUUCCUAGAUUAAAAUGUGUAUGCUCACGUCACACUCAAAGAUUUAAAGAUUGUGUUUUUAAGCGAGUUACUUGUUUCACCACAGCUUUUUGCAACAAUAACAUGACAGUUCUGAUAAGUGGGCAGCAGGGGGCGCCAGCCGCUGGACUGAUCUCACCUGCUGUGUGAUAACAUGAGGCUCUAUGAGAGCAAGCUGUUGAGGCCAACAUUUAGACAACAGCUCUGUUAAGGACCUCACAUUUAAUAUCCACUUGAACAAUAUUUGUCUGUAUCCAGCAAAGAUAAAACUCAUCAUUGAUGAAUAACUUUUGUUUCUGCCCCCUUUUUCUGACCUAUCAGUGUUACUCCGGAAACAAUUCUAAAUUGGAAUAUGCAGAAUUAGAGCAGCAGCAGCAGUAGUUGUUGUAUGGACCUCAGCAGAAGAAAAAAACCUUUUGCAGAGAACUCGUUCAACCAAAUGAAGAACUUUCAUUUCCCCUUUCAGAACAUGAUAGAGAAUGCAAAUGUUUGCCGCUUUGACACAAGAUGUGACCAAAGACAGUUGAUUAAGCUUUAAAUUGCAAUUGGUCAAUACUACUACUCUCCUGAAUUGAUCCACAAGGAGGAUUCAAUUUUGUAAUGCAGACUUUAGCAGUGCUCAAAACGUGUGUGUUACUUGACCACUGGUUUUGUAAUAGCUAUAUAGCUAAAAGGUCCUGCAACAUGUGAUGCAGCAUAACCGAUGAAGGAUAACAUAAAUAAAGAGAGGUCAGUUUUCGAUGA